CCAUCUUGAAGCAAGCAGUGGAGGCACUGGAAAAUCCUCUUGCUGCCAGGAGUUAGGCAGCAGCUUACCCCUUCACAGUACACACAGCAUCCUACAGAAACACAGGAAAAGCUCUGUGUUCAAAUAUUUUUACUUAAAUUGUGUAAACAUUCACUGGAAUCUUUCUUUUAGAUGCUGAACAUGUGUGUUCAGCAAAUAGCUGAAUUUUGGUUUUUAGCAAUUUUAUGCCAUCAUUUUGAAUGGUGUUUCCCAUUUCAUGAAGGGAUAAUGUGAUCGGGAGCAGGCCUCGAGGUCUACAACCAUUCGGAUCUAUGGUUGGUUCAGAUCUACUGGACUGCUCAGAUCUACUGGACUGUGCAGCUCUAUUCCUGGUCACCCAAGAUGGCUAUUUUUCCCACCGACCGAAGGAGAAAAUGCGGACAGACAGCAAUAAUGAAAAUUCAGUCCCCAAGGACUUUGAAAACAUUGAUAACAGUAACUUUGCUCCCAGGACUCAGAGGCAAAAACACCAGACUGAGCUGGUGAAAAAAACCCUUAGCAAGCAAAAGGAGCACUUGAGAAAGAAACUGGAAGAGGAAAAAGUGAAAGAGAACUCACUGUUGGGGAAGAGCUCAAAUGAAGUGGUGCAAUUUGGUGAUCGUCCUGGAAAAAACAGUAGCCACAACAAUCUGAAGGACAUUCACAGGUCUCCCAGACAGCAUCAUUUCAAAAAAGUUGGGAACAGCUCCCCUGAACUGAGAUAUGACCAACCUCUGAAGUGCGAGAUAACGGGCAAAGAGGCGAUCUCGGCCAUGUCCCGGGCUAAGUCUAAGCAGUGUCGACAGGAGAUUGCCGAGAUCUAUUGUCAGCACAAGCACGGGAAGCUGAUGCCGGAGAAGGUGACACGUUUCUGUGCRUUGGAGGGAAAAGCGAACAACAACGUGCAGUGGGACGAGGACUCUGUGGAAUACCUGCCGGCCAACCCCGUGAGGAUCGCGUUUGUCUUGGUGGUCCACGGCAGAGCUUCCCGGCAGCUCCAACGCAUGUUUAAGGCUAUUUACCAUAAAGACCAUUUUUAUUACAUUCAUGUUGACAAGCGGUCCAAUUAUUUACAUCGGCAAGUGCUCCAGUUUGCCAACCAGUACCCAAAUGUGAGAGUGACUUCUUGGAGAAUGGCAACUAUCUGGGGAGGAGCAAGUCUUCUGUCCACCUACCUGCAGAGCAUGAGGGACUUGAUGGAAAUGAAUGACUGGCCGUGGGAUUUCUUCAUUAAUCUCAGUGCUGCUGACUACCCAAUCAGGACAAAUGACCAGCUAGUAGCGUUCCUGUCCAGGUACCGUGAUAUGAACUUCCUGAAGUCCCACGGAAGGGACAAUGCAAGAUUUAUCAGGAAACAAGGGCUGGAUCGGCUUUUCCUGGAAUGUGAUACCCACAUGUGGCGGUUGGGGGACCGGCAGAUCCCCGAAGGAAUCGCGGUCGAUGGGGGAUCCGACUGGUUCCUCCUGAACAGGAAGUUUGUGGAGUACAUCACUUUCUCCAAUGACGACUUGGUAACAAAGAUGAAGAGAUUUUACUCAUACACUCUACUGCCUGCUGAGUCCUUCUUUCACACGGUCCUGGAAAACAGCCCAUACUGUGACUCCAUGGUGGACAACAAUUUGCGUAUCACGAACUGGAACCGUAAACUUGGUUGCAAAUGUCAGUACAAGCACAUUGUAGACUGGUGUGGCUGCUCACCUAACGACUUCAAACCUGCAGACUUCCACAGGUUCCAGCAGACGGCCAGGCCAACGUUCUUUGCCCGCAAGUUUGAAGCUGUGGUGAACCAGGAGAUAAUUGGSCAGCUGGACUAUUACUUGUACGGGAACUACCCGUCCGGCACGCCGGGUCUCAGGUCCUACUGGGAGAACGUGUACGACGAGCCCGACGGCAUCCACACGCUCAGCGACGUGGCGCUCACCAUGUACCACUCGUUCUUGCGCCUGGGCCUGCGCAGAGCUGAGACGUCGUUUCACGCCGCCGGAGACAACAGCUGCCGGUACUAUCCCAUGGGCCAUCCYAUUUCAGUCCACCUUUACUUCCUUGCUGAUCGCUUCCAGGGCUUCCUAAUCAGAUACCAUGCGACCAACCUGGCUGUCAGUAAGCUAGAAACUUUGGAAACGUGGGUGAUGCCCAAGAAAGUCUUCAAGAUUGCAAGUCCACCGAGUGAUUUUGGAAGGCUGCAGUUCUCCGAGAUCGGCACCGAGUGGGAUGCCAAGGAGAGGCUUUUCCGGAACUUUGGGGGACUCCUGGGACCCAUGGACGAGCCGGUGGGAAUGCAGAAGUGGGGAAAAGGCCCCAACGUCACCGUCACUGUCAUUUGGGUUGAUCCCAUCAAUAUAAUUGCCGCAACGUAYGACAUCCUCAUUGAAUCCAGCGCAGAAUUUACUCACUACAAACCACCUUUGAAUUUGCCUCUGCGACCUGGUGUCUGGACAAUCAAAAUUUUGCACCACUGGGUACAAGUAGCUGAAACCAAAUUCCUCGUUACUCCUCUCACCUUUAUUAAUCGGCAGCCUAUCAAGCAAGAGGAAGCUUUGAAGCAUCACAGCGGGCCUCCGAGGAACGCAUACAUGGAACAGAGCUUCCAGGGCCUGAACCCCGUCCUAAAUAUCCCCGUGAGCGCCGCRCAGCUGGACCAGGCCCGGAGGAAUGCAGCGCUCGUGGGUUCCAAACUGGAGAGCUGGGUUGACUCGCUGGUGGGCAGCACGUGGUCGGCCGUGGACGUGUGCAGCAGCGGGGCCACCUCGUGCCCGGUGAUGCAGGCCUGCAGCCAGACGGCGUGGAGCUCCCUGAGCCCCGACCCCAAGUCCGAGCUGGGCCCCGUGAAACCCGACGGCCGCCUGAGGUAGCAGCCGGUGUGCGCGCUUCUCCGGCAUAGGUUUGAAAAGGGAAUUUAACCUUGCUCACGUGUGAGUCUCAUGGCAGAUUUCAGAAGCCUAAGGAAACGUUAUACCUUGUUGUUACCAGUUGCAAUAUAAUUCCUCGGAAUCUGACAAGGCCUUUGGCACUGGUCUCUCCGCCAGCCUCCGUGGGGCUGGCCGGGCCAUGGCCGCCCCGCGCUGCAUGGAGCCAGUGGCCUCCACAGCACCGGGAGCACAAACAAGCCAAGGAGAGGGCAGUGAAGGAACAGCUGCUGAAAGGUUUUUUUUUGUUUGUUUGUUUUUAAUAAAUUUACAUGUAUUUCUGCUGUUUCAUAGGCUUUAAUUUUCUAUCAUGACUAAAUCACAGCAAAAGUCCCUUGUAUUUAUGUUUCUUGGGAAGGUUGGUUACUGCAGGCUAUAUCCUGUAUGGCUCCUUCACCUUACAGAACAUAAGCUUUGUGGCACGCACCCUUCCUCGUUAUUACCUUAUAACACAGAGUCUGGACUCGGCUCAUGUCUGCAGAUGCCCUAGUGAGGGGAAAAAUGAGCAAAAGCAGUGUUAUUUUCAGAUUAAUUUCCUGA